UUAUCGUUACUGCCUUUACAAUCGGCCGCCAUCCGGGGUGUUGCAGGAGACGCGGUCUCUCAGGCACAGUCUUUUGAGCUGGCGUUGGGGCAUUCAGGAUGGUUCAGCGUUUGACAUACCGUCGUAGGCUGUCCUACAAUACAGCCUCUAACAAAACCAGGCUGUCCCGAACCCCUGGUAAUAGAAUUGUUUACCUUUAUACCAAGAAAGUUGGGAAAGCACCAAAAUCUGCAUGUGGCGUGUGCCCAGGCCGACUUCGAGGAGUUCGUGCUGUGAGACCUAAAGUUCUUAUGAGGUUGUCUAAAACGAAAAAACAUGUUAGCCGGGCCUAUGGCGGUUCCAUGUGUGCUAAAUGUGUCCGUGACAGGAUCAAGCGUGCUUUCCUCAUUGAGGAGCAGAAAAUCGUUGUGAAAGUGUUGAAAGCACAAGCGCAGAGUCAGAAAGCUAAAUAAAAAAAUGAAGCUUCUUUGAGUAAUAAAAAAAUCAAAAAGCCUU